AUAACCCACACCCUCCCUUCAUGCACUUGUCUCUUCUUCAUUUUCUCCUUCUUCUUCUUCCUCUGCUUCGUCAUAUUCUCUCUCUUCAUAAAUUUGCAUUAUAAAAACACAUCCACUUUGCUCCUCCCUCUUCAACACAUUCUUCUUCUUCUCCACUCUUAUUCUCUCUCUCUCUCUCUCUGACACAUUAACUACCUAUCCUUCCUGCAUUCCUCUCUCUCCCUAUCUCUCUACAAACCAACGAAGACAAUAAUAUCUUAAGAAAGAAGAUGUCGAGCAGGAGAUCAUCACGUUCAAGACAGUCAGGGAGCUCAAGAAUCUCUGACGAUCAGAUUUCUGAUCUUGUUUCGAAGCUCCAACACCUCAUCCCUGAACUCCGCCGCCGUCGUUCUGACAAGGUGUCAGCAUCUAAGGUACUACAAGAGACUUGCAACUACAUCAGGAACUUACACAGAGAGGUUGAUGAUCUCAGUGACCGUUUGUCGGAACUCUUGGCUUCGACGGACGACAACAGCGCCGAAGCAGCCAUCAUUAGGAGCUUGCUUAAUUAUUAAAAUUUCUCAUUAAUUUAAUCUGAGAACUAUUAAUCAUCGAUUUCCGCCAGAAAAUUUAUCUUCUUAUUAUGAGUAUUUGUUUCCUUCUACUUCAUAUAUUAUAUGAUAUAUAGCUAGGGUUUCGGGGUCUUUGUUAGGCCAACUCAUAUAUUUAUAUAAUAUAUGCUUUAUGUAUGUAUGCAUCUUAAUUGUAUGUGAGGAUCCAGACCUGGCUGUAUAGUAGCCUGUGUAUCAUGAGAUCCUCUAAUAUUUAUGAUUAAUGACACAGUUUGUUUCCUUUUUUUUUUGUUAUACUAGUGAUCAACUGUUAUAAACUUUCGUUUUGAAUUUAUAUGUGUGUGUUUGUUUUUCAUGCAAAUAAAUAUAGUUCGG